AAUUUCAAAUAAUCGCGCUUUUCAUUUUUUAAACACUUCUUCACCAUCCCUUCAAAAUCAAAUCUUCUCCAUCUCCAUCUUCACCUUCACCUUCACACACUGUUUCUUCUGUCUGAGAGGAAACAGAGUGUGACGACCACCGCAACCGGAGAUGGAGACUCGUGUCGCCGCUAAGAGAAAGUCCAUCAACCAAUCCCAAAACCAAUCCUUCAAAAAGAAACGAAUCGUGUUGGGUGAGCUUCACAAUUCAUCACCCAAUCUCAACAUCCCUCAAACUUUGAAGAAUCCCAAGCCCAACAAAACAACAGCAACAACGAACAAGAUAGCUAGCAAUGCCGUUGACACAGAUUCAAGCACCGAUGGCAAGCUCGAGUUUCGUUUUGAUUCCGACAUCUUCAGAUAUCUUCACGCAAUGGAGAUGGAGAAAAAGCGAAGACCGGUGAUUAAUUACAUGGAGAAAGUUCAGAUGGAUAUUACUCCUCACAUGAGGGGAAUUUUGGUGGAUUGGUUAGUAGAGGUUGCUGAGGAGUAUAGGCUUCUCUCUGACACUCUUCAUCUUGCUGUUUCCUACAUUGAUAGGUUCCUAUCUGUUAAUAUCGUCAACAAGCCCUCGCUUCAAUUGCUCGGUGUUUCAGCUGUGCUCAUCGCAUCGAAGUAUGAAGAAAUUAACCCGUGCCAUGUCGAAAAGUUGUGCUUCAUCACUGAUAACACAUACAACAAUGAAGAGGUUUUAAAGAUGGAAGCUGACAUUCUCAAGUCCCUAGAUUUUGAAAUGGGCAAUCCUACUGUUAAGACUUUUCUAAGGAGGUUUACUGGGAUUGGUUGCCAGGAUAAAAAGUUUGAGUAUCUGACUUACUAUCUUGCUGAGCUAAGUUUGUUGGAGUAUGAUUGUUUAAUGUUCUUGCCUUCUUUGGUGGCUGCAUCUACAAUGUUUCUAGCUAGUUUUAUCAUUUGGCCUGAGAAUCAUCCCUGGGCAUUUAUGAAGUUUUUUGCCUUUGGAAGACACCAGCCCUGCAAGAACGCACUGGGUAUACAUCACUUGAGCUACAAGAAUGUGUUCUUGUUUUACAUGAUUUAUACAUGGCAAGAAGUGGAGGGUCUUUCCAAGCUACUAGGGACAAAUACAAGCAACAUAAGUUUAAAUGUGUGUCAAACUUGCCUGCGCCUCCGCAUUUACCAAGUCAUCUCUUUGAAGAAGUGAUGUAGCUGGAUGAAACCUGUACUGAAUUGGUCCACCAUUUUGAUGGAGCUGGCUAUUUUUUGAACAAGAAGCAUGCUAUACGGUGACUUUGCUAUGAGGUCAUUUCAAUGCUGAAUUUCAAUUUUGUGAAGGUUAUAUUGUACAUGGCAGUCAACUUAUUUAGAUAUAAGUUAUGGUGAAGACACUCUAUAAUUUGUUCAGCUAGGUAUUGAAAUUGUAGUAGCAUUUACUUAAAGGAGCGGGAACCUUUCACUUCAAAAAUAAAUAAUAUGGUGCACUUUUGUAAUAGAGGAUAUAACUAAAAGGACCUUCAAUGCUGUGAUUUUCAGCCUGCACUACACAGUUGGUGUGAUAUCUAAUUGCCAGAUGCUUCUGUGAUGAUAAUCCCAGUUUACAAUUUAACUUAUUGUAAAUUAAGUCUUCAAUUUUACAUUCAGAUUUUCUCCAUUGGGUCCCAAAUUAUCCUUAUUAUUCUCUUUAUCCUAUCCAUAAUAACAUAUUCUAUGUAGCACUUUC